GCUGUUGGAACGUCUUCGUUGCAAUACUUGCGCUAUGUACCCUACCGACGUGCCGCAGCAAAGAGUGGUAUGAGAUGGCGGGCAAACCAGCUCAGCAGCUUGGUGGCGGGGAAGGCUGGGAACACCUCAACGCGCCCGCUCAUUGGCUGCGGACCGCAUUGAGUGCCAUGGCGGGCGGUGAUGAUGAUACAGUGCGACUAAAGGCGACGAAGGAAGCGUGUUGCCGCAUCGCGCAGCGCUUGCGUAUGGUCCGGUUUUGGGGAGUGUUGUUGUUCCUGUGCAAGUCGAGUGAGUCGUGGCGUAGCUAUCACUUUGUGGCUGGAGUGACGCCUGAGGCAUCAGUCACGUGUACUCAUCGGAAACCUCGCGAGUCUUGCCGAGCAGCAGCGACUUCGACGAGGAGCAGCAUUGAAGAGCACCCGCCAGCAACCUCACCAACCCACAUCACACCGCGCACUCGUCACAAUGGCCGGUCUCCUCGGAAAGAAGUUCCCCGCGCCCGUCGCAAAGCCGAUGUGGCCUUUCUACACUGCCGGCUUGAUCAUUGCAUACGGCAUCAACUCCUUUGCGACCGUCCUUGCAAACACCGAUGAGUACAAGAACGACCCAAGGAACCCAGCAAAGAACAUCAAGAAGGACCACUAAGCUUCUGAAUGGGCGGCAUGACUGCAAUGGCACGAGCGAGGGACAAUAGAAGACAUUACAGUAUGACUGGAAUGGUCUGCGCGCUGCGAUAGACGGGGGAAAAGCGAGUGUACAUAUACUACCACAUACCCGAACCUCGUGCUUUGCGGUUGAGAACGAAAACGAAGUCUUUUCUUUGUGCAACGUGGGCUUCAUGGAUAUCUCUCUGGCGACCUCAGAAUCUCCGAAUGGGCGAUUUGCUGAAGGCGAAAGUCGGACUUGUGUGUCUGGAGAAGCGACAACACACCACGCUUCGCGGAUAUGUGUGCAACUGCACAGGCGGCUUGCGUUACGGAACAAAUUCAGCAGAACAAGCUCGCUUCGCUCGCGCCGUGUCUCCGGUCUGUUACCAGUUGCUGCGCCCCAUCUUUCGGUGCUUUAUCCUCAGACAUUGCAUCGUCAACUCAUGCGAAGUGGUGCAAAAUGUU